CCUGCGCAUUAUUUCACUGUUGCUUUAUGGUAUAUUUAUAUGAACGUGACUCGGGAGGUUUUCACUUCACUGUACAUCUAUGGAAUAACAAAGGAUGGAGGAGUCAGGAUUUACAGUCAGAUUGUACGUCUGGUGAUUGCUCACCUUUGAAGCUGUAAACCUGGAAAGAGACGAUGCCACUCCCUGGUGGAAAGCAGCUGGCGGAGAGACAGUCACACAGUCACGUGUCGGGGCGGCGUUUGUCAGAGAGGAUGUUCACAGCUCAGGCUGCUCGUCAGUCUGUCAGUCGGCGGUGGGACAGGAUGCAGCUGACGCCACUCUGUCUGGUGCUUUUUAAUUUCAUUUCUUCCCCUCGUCCCUGCCAUCCUCUCUUCCCUCCCCCUCUCCCCCCUGCAGCCUGCCUUCGGCUCAGCCCCGACAGGUCUCAGUUCUUCAGGUACGACACCAUCGCUCUAAACUGCGAGGAUUGCUCGAACUCCACCGGCUGGAAGGUGAAGAGGAGAACCUUGGAGGGCGGGGUCUGGCCCUGUUCCACCAGCUGGGGCACCACUACUUCUGGCUCCACUUGCACCAUUGGAAACAUCUACCCGUCCGACAGCGGCGUCUACUGGUGCGAGUCUGCAGGCGGCGAGCGGACGAACAGCGUCAACAUCACCAUCACUGAUCACCCUGUGGUCCUGGAGAGUCCGGUCCUCCCCGUGCCGGAGGGAGCUGCUGUGACUCUGCGCUGCAAGGCUGAGACGUUCUCCGCCGCCCACGUGUUUCAUUUCUUCAAAGAUGGCCGCCCCAUCGGCAGCAGCUCCUCGGGAGAGGUGACCCUUCACAGUGUUUCCAAAUCCGACGAGGGACUCUACAAGUGCGGCAUCUCUGGAGGGGAAGAAUCCAUAGCCAGCUGGUUGGCUGUUGGCGGUGAAUAUAAUGUUUGGAAAAGUUGUUUCAGUGAUAAAGCUUCCUGUCCACCUUCAUGCUCCUCUCAACCCGGAGCUUCGUAUUCAGUUCCAGUCUUCAGACUGAUGUUUCACCUGCUGGUGGGAACCCCUUACCUGGUGUCCACCAUCUUACUCGGACUCAUAUACAGAGACAGGAAGAAAGCAGCUCGGACGGUCGCAGAGAGAAGAGGCAGCAACGAUGUCAUCAUGGAAAUAGUUGUAUCGCCUGACUAACCAGCAACAGGCCACCAAGAAAUUCUGCAUCACUCGCGAACCUGCACCACCGGAGAGACGUUACUAUCACCGUCAGUCAAUGUGUCCGCAGAGUUUAAACUGGAUGGCCACAGUUUCAACAAUGGUUUGUUCAGACCAAACUCUUUGUAGCGAUGUGUUGCUCAGUUGAGAUUAUCGGAAAUGGACGAUCAAAGAAAGACGUGUAGUAAGACAUAAGUGGGGGGGGAAAAUGCGAGGUGUGAAGUUUUAGCCGACCUGUCUGUUGUUAUUGUCAUUAUAAUUUAAUUAAAACUUUACUCAAAGUGGA